ACUACUACUAUUAUUAAUAAUUGAUAAUUAUUUGAGUGAGUGGGAGAGAGAAGAAGAAAUUGGAUUGGUCCAAGAGAGAUAAAUAGAAACGGCUAAGCUCUCAACUUCACUUCCCAUAAAAACGCACACAGCAUGGAAGGGCAGUGAUUGAGAGGGCAAUUCAUGGUUCUUCUGCUCCUCUGCCUGCUGCUUCUUCCAUCUGCAAACUACUUGUGUGAGGAGGGGAAACAAACUGUCUUCAAACAUAGCAACAUAGAAAGAGAGUUUAUCCUUUCAUGUGAAUAUGUGAGUGAAUGAAAGAAACAUAUUCAUCUCAACUUGGUAGGUAGAGAGAGAGAGAACUUAUAUGUGGUUGAGAAAGAAACUUUACUUGUAAUAGUAGUGUGAAACUUUGCCAAAAAAACAUAAAAUUACACACUCAUCUCACAACAAAAAUUGGAUUUUUUUUGUUUUGAAGUCAUGGAUGGUUAUGAAGCUACUAGGAUUGUAUUUUCAAGGAUCCAAAACAUGGACCCUGAAAAUGCUUCAAAAAUCAUGGGUGUACUUUUGAUUCAAGACCAUGGUGAAAAAGAAAUGAUUAGAUUAGCAUUUGGUCCUGAAUCACUUGUUCAUUCAGUGAUUUUCAAAGCUAGAAAAGAGUUAGGAUUAAUAUUACCACAACCUUCUAAUAAUAACUCUCCAACAACACCUUCUUCAACUCCUCCAUCUCCAUCACCUUUCCUUUCAAGACAAAACUCAACAACAACAACAACUUCUUCAAGGCUUAGUAAUGGUUUCAACCUUCCUCCUUCUUUAACCAUUCCUAACCCUUCAUCUUCUUGGGCUACUAUGUCUGAGUUUCAAAACCAUGAUGACCCUUUUUACUCAAAUGGAGUCUCAGAUCCAAUUGAUGAUUUUCAACUACAAGACCAGCUUUCUUUCUUGAAUGAUAGUUCUGAACUUUUUUACACUCAUUCAGAUAUGUCUUCAAGUCCAACACCUUGUGGUGACUCUACUCUCUUUUCUCCUUCUUAUGGCUAUGGAGGGUCUCUUCAUAGAAGGAGUUGUUCUGUUAAUGAUGCUUGUUUAGCUUCUGAGGACCCUAAUUCUGGGUUGGGUUGGAAACCUUGUCUUUAUUUUGCUAGAGGGUACUGUAAAAAUGGUACUAGUUGUAGGUUCCUUCAUGGAGGAGAAGCUGAUGCAGGUUCAAUUGUUGGGUCUCCUAACAAGAUUGAGAUUAUGGACAGCUGUCAUGACCAACUCUUUAGAUCUAAACAACAAAGAUUGGCUGCUGCUUCUCAACUCAUGGCCUCUAACUCUUUCNNNNACUCAAAAAAGUGCAUGAAUUUUCUCUUACAGCAGCAACAAAAUGAUACUCAAAGGGCAGCAGCUGCAGCACUCAUGAUGAGUGAGGACUUGCACAAAUUUGGAAGAUCAAGGCUUGAAAGAAAUGAUUUUUCUUUGAAUAGUCCUACUGGAAUGAUUAACCCUGCUUCAAGACAGAUUUACUUGACUUUUCCAGCUGAUAGUACUUUUAGAGAGGAAGAUGUUUCCAAUUACUUCAGCAUUUAUGGUCCUGUUCAAGAUGUGAGGAUUCCAUAUCAGCAGAAGCGUAUGUUUGGCUUUGUUACUUUUGUUUAUCCAGAGACAGUGAAGUUGAUUUUAUCAAAAGGAAACCCUCAUUUUGUAUGUGAUGCUCGAGUACUUGUUAAGCCUUACAAGGAGAAGGGAAAAAUUCCAGACAAGAAGCAGAUGCAACAGCAGGUAGAUAGAGACUUUUCACCUUGUGGCACUCCUACUGGACUUGAUGCUAGAGACCAAUAUGAUCUUCAACUUGGUGGAAGAAUGUUCUACAAUACUCAAGACAUGUUGUGGAGAAGGAAGCUAGAGGAACAAGCUGAUCUACAACAAGCUCUUGAACUUCAAAGUAGGAGGUUAAUGAGUUUGCAACUUCUUGACAUCAAGAAACAGCAACACCAACGCGCACUUUCCGCCGGAAGUCCAAUUCCUUCUCCGACUCACUCUCCUAACAUGUUCAAUCAAAAUCUUGUUCUUCCUUCUUUUCACAGAAACUCAGAGACCUCAGAAGAGAAUGGUUCUAGUACUGCCUCAAUUUCUGUUAGUCAACAGUCAGUCAACGUUUCUGCUGGUAAGGAAAUUGUGGUCAAUGGUGAAAAUGGAUAUAGUGAAGGAAAUGGCAAGCAAAACUCAAGUCAUGAUGAAGAGAUUGAUUUACAAGAAUGUUUGGAGCAUAAUCUUCCUGAUAGCCCUUUUGCUUCCCCUACAAAAGCUGCUGGAGACUUAAUGGCUCCCUUCUCUAAUGGACCUUAUGAGGCCAUUGAUUCAGAUGCAUCUGCUAACUCUAAAUUUAGCACUAGUAAAUUACUUUCAUCUUCAGCAUCUGCUCUUGAUAUGGGAUCUUUUAAAUCCUAUAACUGCCAAUUACCAAGGUUCUCCUCUGGCCAUGGAACUAUUGGGAUGUUUGCCGGCACCGGUGGACCGAUUGGCAUAUAGUUUUCCUCAGGUUCAGGAAAAAAAAAAAAGAAGUAAAGAUGAUGAAAGAAAACCUUGACAACCAUCCAACAAAAAAAUCUGUAGAGAAUCACCAGCACCAAAGAUGCCAACACCAUCACCAUCAAUCAUCAAUACUAUACUACUUACUACCAUACAAAAUCAAUACGUAAAAAAAGCAGUUUCAGUAAAUGAAGUGGGGCACUCCAAUUCCCUUUUCUUUUGUUAGAGAGCAUUAUUGUACCAUUUUCUUUCUCUCAUGUAGUAGCUGAACCACAGUUAAAAAAAUUUAAAUAACACAAAAGAAUCAGAGUCAAUAGUCCUAUGUUGUAACAUUAACAUAGGUAUCAUAAUUCAAGUCCUUUGUACAGCUGGAGCAUUAUUACCUAGAGAAAAAGAAAUGCACAGAUGAAAGGGUAAAAAAGUAAAUGAAGAGAUGUUAAUUGUUAACUGCAAGGCUAGCUGAUUCAAGAGGGAAGAUGGAAUGUAUAAUUGUUAAUUUUAGCUGAGUUAAAGUUAAUGUUAUUAAUAUGUUGCAGUUUUUAUGCUUUGUAUUUAAUAAUUGUUAUAAACAGUUAUCAA